AUGCCCAACACUCUUCAGAAAGUCCGCAAACAGAUCUCCAAGAAGCGCAAUGGAGACAUCAACGCACUGCAUGAAAAGUCCAGAAACUCCAUGAGACUACACAAGGCCGGAGUGAGAGACCAGAGACUGGAGAAACUUGCUGCCGCCAGGAGUAAGAGGGAGCAGCCCAUCGUGGAACGCGUCACAUUUUUCCAGCAGAAUGUGAGAGACCAGGGCGCUGAGCCGCUUGAAGUGGCGGCUAUCCAGGCACUCAUUCACACAUUUGUUCAUCAGUACGAUGAAGAGUACGAUGCUGUGAAGAAGACUCGCCGUGCUGGACGACCGGCUAGCACCAAGGAGGACUUGUUGAGAAUCAAGAUGGCCGCGCUUGAAGAAGAGUACACCAAAGGAUUCUUGCUCCCUGAUGUUACUUCAGCGGAAAACGUCAAGCUUUUGGAUGGGUGGGAAGGCUCAUGGGUUUACCUGACCACCAUCCCCUGGAUCAAAGUCACCAAUACUGGCAAUGUUCGCAAAUCUGAGCCGCCUUCAAAGGCCCUUAACUGA